AUGUCCACAAAUAACAUCGUGAUCCUGGGAGCCGGAGUGUCGGGACUCACCACGGCAUAUCUCCUAUCCAAGGAUGCCUCCAACUCAAUCACUGUGCUUGCCAAACAUAUGCCAGGUGACUACGACAUAGAAUACGCCUCACCUUGGGCCGGUGCCAAUUAUCUUCCGGUGGGCAAAGCCAGUAGCUCUCAUGGAAAAUGGGAACGAAACACCUGGCCUGCCCUCAAGGAGAUCACAGAGAAGUACCCGGAGGCUGGAAUUCAUUUCCAAGACGCGGUUGUCUAUAACCGUACAAAAGAUCAGGGAUCAGCCACCGGGGAUUGGUUCUCGGAAUUGGUGCAGAAGGAGCCUUGGUAUAAAGACGUCGUGCCGGACUUCCGCAACUUGCCCGACAAUGAGCUAGCCCCCGGCAUUGACAACGCCUCUGUGUUCACCUCUGUCUGUAUCAACACAGCGAUCUACCUGCCCUGGCUAAUUGGCCAAUGUCGCACGACCGGUGUGGUCUUCAAGCGAGCCGUGAUCAAGCAUGUGGCCGACGCAGCCAGCCUCCAUCAUUCAGGAAAGAAAGCCGACGUGGUAGUCAACUGCACCGGCCUUUCAUCCAAAAAACUAGGUGGAGUCAACGACGACAAGCUCCACCCCAUCCGUGGUCAGGUCGUCGUGGUGCGCAACGAUCCCGGCGCAAUGUUCUCGAUCUCCGGCACCGACGACGCCGAUGAUGAGAUAACCUACAUGAUGACCCGGGCAGCGGGUGGUGGAACUGUAAUUGGAGGAUCGUAUCAGAAGGACCAGUGGGAUCCAUUGCCUGAUCCGAACCUGGCUGUGCGCAUCAUGAAGCGCGCCGUUGCUCUCGUCCCGCAGCUCGUGGGUAAGGGCCAGGGAAUUGAGGGAUUAGAUGUUAUUAGACAUGGUGUUGGACUACGGCCUUUCCGCGAGGACGGGCCACGCAUUGAAGCAGAUAAGGUUAAUGGCGUCUCGGUCGUACAUAACUACGGCCAUGGAGGAUUUGGAUACCAGGCUUCCUUCGGCUGUGCCGCGGAGGCAGUCGAGCUGGUAAACGGCAUCUUGAAACAGAAGGGCCGGGCUAAGCUACGAACAGUCCGUCCAAACAUGACGUACAAACCCCCCAAAGUCGAAGAAGACUACUCCGACGCUUCAGAACCCCAAAAGCGCAAGCGCGAUGAAAAAUACUUCGAGCUGGAACCAAUAACUUCUGAACAAGAAUUCGAGACAGAAAAACAACAGCCACCCAAUAAAGCCUCUAAGCCCAAUGAUACACCUGCAGAGGAGGAGGAAGAGGAGCUUAGUGAUGUGUACGAAGAGGGCGAUGAGGACAUAAUUGAGGAAGAAGACAAUGACGAGGAUGAUGAAGAAGUAGAAGAGGAGAAGGAAGACAUUGAAGAUAAUCAAGCGGAGACGAAAGAAGAAGAGGAGGAGGACGAGGAAGAGGAAGAAGAACAAGAAGUAGAAGAGGAAGAAGACACUAGCAAGCACAGGCCAAAGGUACAAAAGGCCAUUGAUAAACUAGGCCGGUGCCCCCUUGAUGGCACAAAGAUCGCACAGAAGCCUCUUACGGCAUCUCCGGAGACACUGCUAGCGAUGGUUAUUGAUGCCAUGCUGAAGUCGCGCCCGAUCUCGCAUGAUUUGACUCAGCGCACAGUAACCAAGGUUAUUGAUGCUGGGUACCAUGAUAUCCGCAAAUUGGGACAUAGUACCUGGGAGGAGCGCACGACGAUUCUCAAGGAUGGAGGGUACAGUCGGUAUCGGGAGCAGGGAGCUACUAAUUUAGGAGAAUUGGCAGAAUUAGUCGAGAGCAAAUACGAUGGCGAUCUCAAUAAUCUAUUAGAAGAGGCACAUCACAACCGCGACGAAGUAAGGCAGCUCAUCAAGGAGAUCAAGGGCCUCGGCGACUUAGGUGCCGACCUCUUUUUCAAUAAUGUACAGAGUGUGUGGCCUGAAAUUGCUCCGUUUGUUGACAAACGCAGCCUGCAAACGGCCGAUCAAGUCGGGAUUGGCACCGAUCUGGAUGCCAUCUACGCCGAUCUGAAACGGGAUUCCAUGAAGAUGAGCAGAUUGGCCAAUGGCUUGUCUGCUGCGAGGUUAGAUAAAAGGCAAGGGGAGCUUCUAAGCAUUUGA